AUGGAGAAGACUUCACUGGGUGGAAGCAAGUAUCUUCUCCUCAUUUUAGAUGAAGCAAGCGGAUGCAUGAAGGGCUUUUUCCUUAGCGCCAAGUCAGAGAGUGAAGAUAACCUCAAGAACUACAUCACGAUAAUUCAAGCUCAGUUUAACAAAAAGGUCAAGUUUGUGCGUCACGAUGGAGCCCGUGAAUUUGCAACCAGCUCACUCAUGGCGUUUUACGAAGACCAAGGAAUUAAGCAGCAGACCACGGUUCAUUACGCGCAUCAGACAAAUAUUACAACGGAGAGAUCGAUUCGAACCAUCGUCACGAUUGGUCGCACUAUGCUGCACUAUGCUAAUCUGGACAAGUGCUUCUGGGACGAAGCAGCAAUGGCCGCGAUCUACAUCAAGAAUUGUCUACCAUCACCCAAGAUUGCAAGCAAAACACCGUUUGAAAUUGUCUACAAGUCCAAGCCAAGCGUGAAGCACAUAUACGUGUUUAGAUGCCGGACAUACGUUCUGACACCUAAGAAGAAGCGAUGCAAGUAG